AUGUCCGGGGCCAUGGGGGACUGGAGCUUCCUGGGCCGGCUGCUGGAGAACGCCCAGGAACACUCCACGGUGAUCGGGAAAGUGUGGCUCACGGUGCUCUUCAUCUUCCGCAUCCUGGUGCUGGGCGCGGCGGCAGAGGACGUGUGGGGGGACGAGCAGUCGGACUUCAUCUGCAACACGCAGCAGCCGGGGUGCGAGAACGUGUGCUACGACCAGGCCUUCCCUAUCUCCCACCUUCGCUUCUGGGUGCUGCAGAUCGUGUUUGUGUCCACGCCCACGCUCAUCUACCUGGGCCACGUGCUGCACUUGGUCCGGCUGCAGGAGAAGAGAGCCGAGAGGGGGGGCCAGCUGCUGCACCCGCCUCCCUUCAGUCGGGACACCCAGGGCUUCUACAGCAACCACCAGGACACAGAGGCCAGCAAGCACAGAAAGGACGUGGCGCCGGUCAGGGACGAACACGGGAAGAUCCGCAUCCGUGGGGCCUUACUGCGGACUUAUGUUUUCAACAUCAUCUUCAAGACUCUGUUUGAGGUGGGCUUCCUCCUGGGACAGUACUUUCUGUACGGCUUCAGGCUGAGACCCCUCUACAAGUGCGCCCGCUGGCCCUGCCCCAACACCGUGGACUGCUUCAUCUCCAGGCCCACGGAGAAGACCAUCUUCAUCGUCUUCAUGCUGGUGGUGGCCUGUGUGUCCCUGCUGCUCAACCUCCUGGAGAUCUACCACCUGGGCUGGAAGAAGCUGAAGCAGGGAGUGACCAGUGGUCUGGCCCAGGACCAAGACCCUCCACAGACCCAGAAGCUGGACUCCAGAGCACCUACCCAGAGCUUAACCCUCCCCCCAGACUACACUGUGGUGGCCAGCACCAGCCCUGCCUUUCUGCCGCCCCUGGUGGAGCAGCCUCCCCCCUCAACACACUUCUACAUCAGCAACAACAAUAACCAUACACUGGCGGCUCGCCAAAACUGGGCCAACCUGGCAACCGAGCAGACCCGGGAUCUGCAGAGCCAGUCCCAGUCCUCCUGUGGGGCCCCCCGCCAGAGGCCAGAGGAGGCCCAGGACCUGCAGAGCCAGUCCCCCUGUGUGCCCCCCCCCCAGAGGCAAGAGGAGGCCCAGGACAUUGACCCGCGCCGCCUCAGCCGAGCCAGCAGGGGCAGCAGUGGGAGAGCACGCCCUGACCUGGCCGUUUGA